AGAAGUGCAACGUAUCUGUACCAAGAUGGUUGUUCGAGUGUUCCCUGCUUUAUUAGUGCUUGCCCUAGUGUCUCGCGCGUCCGCCUUCAACAGUAUCUUCGACGAACCAAUCGAUUUCGGAGCUCGCGUUUUCCGAGACCCGAAUCCUCCUGUGCCCACCAAGCCCGAUUUCACCGGCAAUUUCCACGUCAAAGGCACGAUCCAUAUCCCGUAUGCGGAAAUUGAAGAACCCUUCGAAGCCUGGCGUUCUGUGGAGAACAAGAACGACUCCAAGUCCCGCAUCGACUACUACAACGGCAUCAUGAAAACUUAUCAAUUGGAGCAUCCCGGCAAGGAUUUUCCUUACGGAACUUCGCGGAAGGUGAUUUGGACCACGGUUGGAUCAGUGGAUGUGCCAACGCUGGGCUGUUUUCAAGUGAAUGGCACGAAAGAUGCCAAUGUGCGAGUGCAAACUGUGAUUCCGGAUUUGGAGGGAUACGCGUUGGUGAAGAAGGGUGUGUUGUUGGAUGGAGAAAAGUGCGACUUGUGGAGGAAUGUGACGAGUUUCGGCGCGAAAACGAACACGUACUCCUUUUGGGUGUCUAGGAGUGACACUGCGAGUCGUCACUACAUCCCGAAAAGGUUUGAAAUGCGAGGAUUCAACUCCCUGCUUGGCUCUCACUACGACCACUACAUCAUCGACUACGACAGCUUCGAUCACUCGAAUCCGGACGAAACUGUUUUCGAAGUUCCGGCCAACGUGAGCCAAUGCCGGAAUUUCCCAGGCCCAGGAAAGAUGCACGAAAUGAAUCCGAUCGGGGAACUCAUCUUGGGUUCGGACCACAGUCGCCACGAGGACGAUUUCUCCGAUUUCAAGCGAACCCACGGGAAAUCUUAUUCGUCGGGUGAAGAGCACGAACGCAGAUUGUCGCACUAUAAGCAGAAUGCGAGGUUCAUUGAGUCGUUUAAUCGUCGAGGCAAGACUUUCACACUGGCUGCGAAUCAUUUGAUGGACUUGACUCCGGAUGAGUUGAAGGUGAUGCGAGGAAGAAUCGCCACGAAAGGUUACAAUGGCGGCCUUCCCCACAUGUACUCCAAGGAGGACCUGAAAUCCGUGCCGGGCUUUUGGGACUGGCGCUACUUGGGCGCCGUGACGCCGGUCAAGGACCAGUCCAUUUGCGGCUCCUGCUGGAGCUUCGGCACCACGGGCCACCUGGAAGGCGCCUAUUUCCUCAAGACCGGCAAACUCGUCCGCCUCUCUCAACAAGCCCUCAUUGACUGCUCGUGGCAAUUUGAAAACAACGGCUGCGACGGCGGCGAAGACUUCCGCGCCUACGAAUGGAUGAUGAAGGAAGGCGGCAUCCCGACUGCCGACUCUUAUGGCCCGUACAUGGGUGCCGAUGGCAAGUGUCACGCCAGGGACGCCGAAGUGGAAAAGGUGGGCAAGAUUUACGGCUACGUCAACGUGUCGUCUGGGGACCAGGAAGCUCUGAAGCUGGCCAUUUUCCAACAAGGCCCGAUUUCCGUGGCCAUUGACGCGUCGCAACGCACGUUUUCUUUCUACUCGAAUGGAGUGUUUUACGAGGACAAGUGCAAGAAUGGGUCGGAUGAUUUGGACCACGCUGUUUUGGCUGUCGGCUACGGAGAGUUGAAGGGGGAACCGUAUUGGCUGGUGAAGAACUCGUGGUCGACUUACUGGGGCAAUGAUGGCUACAUCCUCAUGUCCAUGAAGAAUAAUAAUUGCGGGGUGGCGACUGAGCCGACUUUUGUGGUCAUGUGAGGUGUAAUUGUUUUGUUUUUUUCCGCUGCUUCUCAUAUUGGCACAGAGGAUCAGUGUCUUGAUUUUUUUUUGCUUAUGUAUAGAGAGGGAGAGAGAGCUCAGGGGACUGUAACCCUUCUUUUGUUCGAUGGUUGGCUGUAAAAGUGCUUGAGAUGAAAUUUGAAGUGUCAUCAGUGUAAUAGUUGGACCUCCAUUUGUCACAUUUUUGUUUACUCCCUGUCUGAAUUCCCUUUGUUCAAGUUAGAACUCUCUAACUGUUGGAAGACUUUUUUUGCAAAUUCUCUGUAACUGAAAUUUUGAGAGACCUUUGAGAUGUUUUUCUGGGGACCCAAGAAGGUGAACAGCAACAGAAAUUCAACUUGAUGCUUUUCAAAAAGAAGUAGAGCACUAAUUGAGCAAAUUCACCCUUGUCUUCAAGUUCAGCAUCUUGUCAGCUUUUUUCCAGCAGUUUAAUGCCCAAACUAUAACAAAUUUUACCCUCCUGUAAUUCUCAUUUAUUUAGUGUCAAUUUUCUUUGGGUCCCUGUAUGAGGUCUUCUAUUAAAAGAAUUGUUUUUCUGUACUGUAUUUGAAUAGAGUCCCUCACUUAUGUGGUUUCAAUACAGUGGGACAGGCUGGCUAGAUGUCACUUGCUGAUUUUGGCUGAAAUUAUCCUUGAAAUUCUUGUAUCACACAUUCCUGAGGAAGAGGCUUGGCUAAAUUUUAUUUUCUCAAAUUAUGCAGAAAUGCAACUUUUUGGCAAUAAGUUUUAAUUGAUGAGUUUGUCUUAUAGCACAUAAUUUUCUGUGCUCCUAGCAAGUUUAAGAUGUAAUCUAGGUGUCAGUUGCAGUCAAUACAAUUCUAGCUGUGCUGUAAUAUGGAAGUGCCUGUUGAAUCAUGUUAACUGGUAAAUUUAAGACCCACUUGCAGGCCUCUUGGCUGCGUAAGUGGAUGUGGUUUUCUAUACCGUAUAUCACUAUAGCAAUAGUCAUUGGUACAUUCACUCCUGGGCACUCACUGUGGCAGAGGAAGUUGAUUUUUUGGUGAAGAAUGAUGAAGAUGGGCAAUGCGGAAAAUGGAGUUUGUUUCUGAAGUGGCUGUAUUUUUUGAACAAGAGUUUGUUUUUUGGCAUUCUGAAGUUGAUUAAAUGUUCUUGAAUUUUCCA